AUGACUUGUAAUAAUGCAACAAAUAUAUUUUUACUUGGUCUAGCAUCCAGUAUGAAAACAGAUAUUCGAACAACAAGCAUCGAUCAGCAGAAUAUAAUGACAUUUGCUUAUGUGUUUAGUGUUACAUUAAUGGUCACAUUUGGUAUAAUAUCAAAUGUUAUUUCAAUUGAUACAUUUAGACAAACAUCAAUAAGAUCAACAACAGUUGGAAUUUAUUUACUUACAUAUAGUUGUUGUUCAUUAUUUGGUUUAAUAAUGCUUGUUUGUCGUUUAUUUCAGUUAAUAGAUUCACUUACUUAUCUACCAUUCUUUUUUAUUUGUAAUAUAAUAUCUGGUUUAGCAUCAAUAUUUACUCGAAUAUGUCUUUGGUUAAAUGGAUUCACUGCAUUUCAACGAUCACUUCUUGCAUUUGAACCUAAUUAUAUAAUAAAUAAACUUCGUUCAAGAUCAAUUGCAUUAAAACAAAUAUUUUGCAUAAUAAUAUUAAUAUUUUUAAUGCAUAUUCAUGAAUUAAUUUGUCGUGUUACAUUACCAGAUCCAGUUGCACCCGGAAAAUUUGUUUGUCAAAUCAAAUAUCCAAAUGCACUACUAAUAUUAAAUCAAAUAUUUUCAACAUUACAUAUAUUUAUUCCAUUUUUCUUACAUCUGCUAUCAACUUGUUUAAUAUUGACAUCAAUUAGCCGUCGACGAGCUCUUCUUCAUCGAACAACUUAUUGGAAACAAUGGAUAAAAGAAUUUCAUACUCAUUCUCAUCUUUUUGUUGCACCAAUCAUAGCCAUGGUCUGCACAUUACCUCAACUGGUACUUUCAUUGAAAUAUUCCUGUGUAGAUAUAUCUAUCAAAUGGUUAUUACGAUUAAAUACAUCAGCUAAUUUAAUUAUUUAUAUACCUCAAUCAAUUACAUUUUUUCUUUUUAUUUAUUAUUCAGAAGUUUAUUUUAGAACAUUUAGAAAUGAAUCAAUAUUCGGCAAAUUAUUAUGUUUAAAGCGUAAUACGAACAAUAAAAUAUUUCCUUUGACAGCGACACAUACUCAAUUGAAUAAUGAAACAAAACUUCGAAGCAAAAUGGCAACAAAUAAAUCGCAUGACAAUAAAAACACACAAACUUAA